UUAACCUAUCAUCUUUUUUUGACAGCAAUAUUAACCCAUCAAUCUAGUACUUUCAUAACACCAAGAUAUUUCUCCUUGAUUCUCUCUCCACAUUUUGAGCUUCAGAAUCCCACCUAAAAAAAAGUAAAGUGAAGGGGGAAAAAUAAUCACCACUUUACUAACCUUCAUUAUCCCCCUUCUCACAAACCCUUCUCAUCCAUGCAAAGAAGAAAGGAUGGAAGGUCCGGAAUAAGCCAUCCUCCGGCCACCUUGAAAACCAAUAUUUGUCCAUUGUUGACAGCUUCUCAUCCCAACAAUGUCGUCUGCAGAACCCGACUAUGACGUCCCGCCUGCCUCGGCGUACAGCACCCCACCAACAUUGGUAGCGUUCACCCUCACCGUCCUCAUCCUAUGCUUCGUUGCUUUUAGCAUUGUGUAUCUUUGCAAGUAUUGUUUUUCAAACGUUUUUCACACUUGGGACUUACAACGUACGGCCUCGGGAACCAUCAUUCGUCCUUCACCUGCUAGGUCACCUCCUAGGGGACUCGACGUUACCCUUCUAAAUAGAUUCCCUACUUUCGUCUACGCCUCCGUGAAGAACCUCCGCUUGAAGAAGAGUUAUAGUUUGGAAUGUGCCAUUUGCUUGACUGAGUUUGAAGAUGAUAGUUUGCUUCGUCUCUUAACCAUUUGUUGCCAUGUUUUCCACCAAGAGUGCAUUGAUCUUUGGCUUCGUUCACACAAGACAUGCCCCGUUUGUCGAACGGAGCUUGAUUCACCUCCCAACCAAACAUCAAAACAUGGUGACGACAACAGCACCCGUAAUGCGCAAGAGGAUACGUUGUCGUUACCAUGUGAUGAUAUACGCAUUGACGUGAGAGAAGAGGAAAAUGGUGGUGUUGGUGAAAUGACUAGAGAUCAUAUACAUGAAGGUGAUCAACAUGAUCAUCAUAUGAGUAUGCAACAACAAGAAGAAGAACAUAAAUUUGCAAGGUCACACUCAACGGGGCAUUCAAUAUUAAUGAUUAGAGGAGGUGAAGAAAGAGAUGAUGAUAAAUAUACAUUGAUAUUGCCUGAACAUGUUAUAAGGGCAGGACACUAUUGUACGAGGAGUUGUGUAAGUUAUCAUGAGAUAAGAAUGGCAGAGACAGCACCUUGUAGUAAUUGUGGUUUUGUUAAUCCAAAAUCUGACUCAACUUUACUUACUCAAGGUCAAGAGUCUUAAAGUGUGUUUUUAUUGUUUUUAAAUUAUAUAUUAUACACACAUGUAGGUUGAUACUUGAGAUAGAAAGAUAGGGAUACUAGGUUUUUUUAAUUUUUUUUUUAAUUUUUUUAAUUUUAUUUUUUUAGUGUAUAUACAAUUAGAUACUUUAUUAUACACUGUAAUUACUUAGUUUCUU